CAUUACCUGGAAAGCCAGAGCAAAACCCCAAGGAAACAAUGAAGGCAAUCACCCUAAGGAGUGGUAAAGAGUUUCCUCCAAGAGUUCUCACCAAGGAUGGUGAGAAACAAGGUGGGUAGGUGACCAUCAACAUUGAUGAUGAAGUGGUGAUUGUAGAUGAGAAGGUUGAUGAAGAUAUUCUGGAAAAGAUUGUUGAAGCUAAGGGUAAAGGAAAGGUUGGAGAAGAGAACAGGAAAGUGAAACAUGGUGAAAUUGCUACUCCAACAAAGGAAUGCUCUUUUGUUCCUCCUCCCUAGGAGCCAAGGCUACCAUUCCCUGGAAGAUUCAAGAGACAUCUAUUGGAGAAGUACAAGGCACUCUUUGAGAAACAAAUGAGUGAAGUUCAGGUAACAAUGCCCAUAAUUGAUGCUUUUAUGUUGGUCCCUCAGUACAGCAAGUUCUUAAAAGAUGUUGUAGCUGCAAAGAAGAAAGAGAUGGAAGGCAUGAUGAUUCUUACUCAUGAGUGCAGCACCAUUAUCCAGAGGUUAAAUGUUCCAAGGAAGCUAGAGGAUCCAGGAUGUUUCACCUUACCUUGUGCUCUUGGACCCAUGGUGUUUGAGAGGUGUCUAUGCGAUCUUGGAGCUAGUGUCAGCUUGACGCAUUUGUCUAUUGCAAAGAAGCUUGGAUUUACUCAAUACAAGAAGUGUAGACUCUCUUUGGUGUUGGCUGAUAGAUCAGUGAAGAUUCUUGUUGGUAUCCUAGAAGACCUUCUUGUGAUGGUUGGUAACUUUGAGAUCCCUACUGAUUUUGUUACGUUGGAGAUGGGUGAGGAAGCCAAAGACCCUUUGAUCCUUGGAAGACCAUUCUUAGCCACAGCAGGAGCUACUGGGAAUGUCAGAGAAGGAAAUAUUGAUCUUCAUCUUGGAAAAGGAAACAUCCUCCACUUUGACAUCAACGAAGUGAUGAAGAGGCCAACCAUCCAAAACCAAGUUUUCUACAUAGAUGAAAUAGAUGCUCUAGAUGAUGAGCUUCUAGAGGAGUUGGCACUUGAAGACCCUCUAUAACAUGCUUUGACAAUUGAAAGAGAGGUCCAAGUGGUUGAGAACAAGGAAAGUAAUGCCUAUGUGAGGAUGUUGGAUUCUCACAAGGGGAUUGAUGGUGAAGACCAGUACGAGGAGCUUCCACAGAUGGUUCACCAAGAAGUCUCAGUCACUCAACAAGAGGACACCCAGCAAGAUGACUGGAGUGAGCUUAAGGCACCUAAAGUGGAGCUUAAACCUCUUCCCCAUGGUGUAAGGUAUGCAUUCCUUGGUCCUAAUGAAACUUAUCCUGUCAUUGUGA